AUGAAGCUCCCAGUCCUGUCUGUGGUAUUCCUCUGGCUCCCAGGCUUCUUGGCCAAGGAAGGCGAGUGCCAGCCUCCGGAAGAGGGUCCUGGUGGGGCAAGUGGAGGACCGCCUCUGAGGAUGACAGUCAGUAGCCAGGGCAGGUCCGCCAGGCUCACGCUGAACUGGGACGCCCCGGGGCCAGGCGGGCCCGGCCGCACACUACGCCUUAGCCGGCUGAGCCCCCGUGGCUCCCCUGAAGGGCAGCUGCUCCAGGCCCACACCAACGCGUCCAGCUUCGAAUUCCGGGACCUGGUGCCAGGAAGUCGCUACCAGCUGGAGGUGACGGCCGUGCGCCCCUGCGGGCAGAACGCCAGCCUCAGCCUCACUGCGCUCACAGCCCCGUCCACUGUCCAGGACCUGCAGCUCCACAGCUCUGAGAGCCCAUCCAGCCUGGAGGCCUCGUGGGGCUCUGCUCCUGGAGGGCAGGAUGGCUACCAGCUUGUCCUCUGCCACCUGGAGUCCCAGACAGUGGUUCGCAACGUCUCCACGUCCGCCGGCACCCUGUCCUAUAACUUUAGCCACCUCUUACCAGGCAGUGAGUAUGUCUUGGAGAUUACCACCUGGGCCGCCCACCUCCAGGCGAAGACCAGCACCCGCCAGUGGACAGCACCUGUGCCUCCAGCGCAGCUGGCGCUGCGCACCCUGGGCACCAGGGCCCUGCGGGCCUCCUGGUACAGCUCUGGGGGGGCCGCCUGGCUGCACCUCCUGCUCACGGACCUCCUCAGUGGCUCCAACCUGACGGCGGGCGUCGCACGCGGUGUCUCCAGUCACACUUUCCCGUGCCUCUCUCCUGGAACGCCCUACACGCUGACAGUUAGUGCUGUCGCCGGGCCCCAUUGGGCAGUGGGGCCCAGCGCCACCGAGUGGACCCGUCCCUCCACACCCCUGGACCUGGGGCUCGCUCCCCAGCCCCCAGGGCUCGGGGCCAGCUGGAAGGCAGGCCCGGGGGCCCGAGAGGGCUACCUGCUCAGGCUGAGCGGGCCCGUGGACGAGACCCUAAGUUUGGGCCCUGAGGCCCUCAAUGUCACGUUCCUGGGGCCCCUGCCGUCCGGACACUAUGCUCUGGAGCUGAGAGUUCUGGCGGGGCACUACGAGGCCCGGGCCCAGGCCGCUGCCUGGCUGGGUGAUGCUGUAGCCCAGCACCUGCAGGGCAGCGAUCCCAAGCUGCCCCUGGAUGGGCCGGAGGCCAGCAAGGAGCCUGGGAGCCAGACACUGCCCUACACCGAGGGGGCCCCCUGCCUCCUCAGAAACGUCUCGGGGCCACCUGGUGCCACCCUGGUCACACUCCACAGGCCUGGGAUGCUGGUGGAUGCUGGGAAACAGGUGGAUGCUGUUUCCCCUCUGGGCACUGCCACCGCAAGCCCCACAGGCCGCACAGGGGCCCCCACGCCACAGUCACUGGAGGUCACCGGCAGGGACAGCCCUUCCACCUUGACCGUCAGCUGGGCCCCGGCAGCGGGGCUGCGGGAAGGCUACGGGGUCAGCUGGCACCAGGAGGGCAGCCAGGGCUUCCCGGGCGGUCUUGUCAACUUGGGCCCAGACAACGCCAGCCUGACGCUGCGGGAUCUCGUGCCUGGCUCCUGCUACACCGUGUCUGUGUGGACUCGGGCGGGGAACCUCAGCUCCAGCAUCCAAAGGGUUCGUGCCUGCACACGCCCCCUCGCCCCUGCCCUGGUGAACGUGACCAGUGAAGGCGCCACCGGGCUCCGGGCGUUCUGGGUCCACGCGCUGGGGGGCCGGGAUGGCUACCGGGUGACCCUGUACCAGUUGGGCGUCCGGGUGCGCUCCAGCCGCGUUGGGGCCCAGGUGGACAGCGCCAGCUUCGCGGCUCUGACUCCGGGCACUGAGUACGAGGUGGAGGUGGUCACGCAGGCUGGGCCCCUCCAUGCGGUGGCAGCCAGUGCCACCGGCUGGACCCCCCCAGUGGCGCCCGCGGAGCUGCUGGUGUCCAUGCGGGCGGGCAGUGCCGUGGUCAGCCUGGCCUGGGCCAGCGGCCCCCUGGGGCACGGAGCCUGCCACGCACAGCUCUCAGGGGCUGGGCUCCUGUCCCGGGAGCAGCCCCUGGCCCUGGGCCAAGCCCGCCUGGUCCUGAGGGACCUCACGCCUGGAUGCAACCUGUCCUUGACCGUGCAGUGCCGGGCGGGCCCCCUCCAGGCCUCCACACACCCUGUGCUGCUGCCCAUGGAGCCUGACCCGGUGGGGGACGUGCAGUGCCAGCCUGAGACAACGCGCCUGGCCCUGGUCUGGACGGUGCCUGCGGGGGACGUUGACACCUGUCUGGUUGUGGCUGAGCAGCUGGCAGCGGGAGGGGCCGCCCAGCUCGUCUUCCGGGCCAACACCUCCAGGGGCGCCCUCCUCCUGGCCCACCUGGCGCCCGCCACGUCCUACCGCCUCAGCCUCUCAGUGUUGGGCAGGAACGGCCUGUGGAGCCGGGCGGUCAGCCUGGUGUGCGCCACUGUGCCCGAGGCCUGGCAUCCCCCGGAGCUGGCUGCAUCCCCCCAGUUGGAGCCCGAGACGGGGAUGGGUGUGCUGAUCGCCCAGGGCAUGUUCGGCGAGGAGGACGGGCAGAUCCAGUGGUACGGGGUCAUCGCCAGCACCAACAUGUCGCUGGCCCGGCCUCCCCGCGAAGCCAUCAGCUGCACGUGGUAUGACCACCACUACGGGGGCCGCGACACCUACCUGGCCGUCCUGCUCUCCAGCCCCUUCCACCCCGGGCCCUGGGCCGGGCCCGCAUCCUGGCUGGUGCCCGUGGGCACAGACGACUGCGGCCGGACCCGCGACAUAUGUAACGGGCGGCUCAGGCCGGGCUCCCGGUAUCGGUUCAGCGUCGUGGCCUUUUCCAGGCACAGCCCUGACACCGUCAUCGCCUUCUCGGCAUUUUCAGAGCCCCGGACCAGCCCGUCCUGGGCGGUGCCCCUCCCGGUGACAGCGGGCAUCGUGGCCAGCAUGCUCGCCCUGGUCUUGCUGGGCCUGCUGUGCUGGAGGCGAGUGAAGGGGCAAAGGGCGGAGAAGAGCCUGCGCUCCCAGGAGCUGACGGCUUACAACCUGUGGCGGACCCACCGGCCCAUCCCCGCGCACAGCUUCCAGCAGAGCUUUGAGGCCAAGAGUGCCCACGCCUACCAGGCCUUCUUUCAGGAGUUUGAGGAGUUGAAGGAGGUGGGCAAGGAGCAGCCGAGGCUGGAGGCUGAGCACCCUGCCAACAGCGCCAAGAACCGCUACCCUCACGUGCUGCCCUAUGACCACUCCCGGGUCAGGCUGGCCCUGCUGGACGGGAAGCCCCACUCCGACUACAUCAAUGCCAGCUUCAUCCCGGGCUACACCCACCCGCAGGAGUUCAUCGCCACCCAGGGGCCUCUCAAGAAGACCCUGGCGGACUUCUGGAGGCUGGUGUGGGAGCAGCAGGUCCAAGUCAUCGUCAUGCUGACCGUGGGCAUGGAGAACGGGCGGGUGCUGUGCGAGCACUACUGGCCAGCCGACUCCAGCCCCGUCACCCACGGGCCUGUCACUGUCCGCCUGCUGGCCGAGCAGCGCCAGGACGAGUGGACUGCGCGCGAGUUCCAGCUGCACCACGCUGCCCAGCAGUGGCCACGGAGGGUGAAGCAGCUGCAGUUCACCACCUGGCCGGACCACAGCGUCCCCGAGGCCCCCAGCUCCCUGCUGGCCUUCAUGGAGCUGGUCCGGGAGCAGGCGAGGGCCGCCACGGGUGCAGGGCCCCUCCUGGUGCACUGCAGCGCGGGCGUGGGCCGCUCGGGCACCUUCGUGGCCCUGUGGCGGCUGCUGCGGCAGCUGGAGGAGGAGCAGGUGGUGGAUGUGUUCCACGUGGUGCACGCGCUGCGCCUGCACCGGCCACUCAUGAUCCAGACCCCGAGCCAGUACAUCUUCCUGCACAGAUGCCUCCUGAGCAGGGUCCUAGAAGGGCCCCCCAGCACCUGCGCUGCUGAGGUUGCAGAGACCCACAGUGGGCACUGGGCAGCCCCAGGCACCCCCCACGUGGCCGGUGCCCCCUGCAGGCCACAGCCCAUUCCUGUGAGGAACUUUGCCCAGGUGUGCGCGGAGCGGGCUGCCGACGGCAAUGCGGGCUUCCUGAGGGAGCACCAGCUCCUGCUCCAGGCCCUGAAGGACGAGGCUGGCUCUGGGAUGCCCCCUCCCCGGAGUGAGCAGGAUGGCACGGCCUCCAAUGGCCGUUGCCAGGAGUGGUCCCCUUCGGUGGAGAGUGGCCCGGCUGGGGAGAUGCUCGAAGCCUGGCUCUUCCCUGGCGGGCCCUCUGGCCGCGACCACGUGGUGCUGACCGGCCCCGCGGGGCCAGCUGAACUCUGGGAGCUGGUGUGGGAGCAUGGGGCCUGCGUGCUUGUUUCCUUGUGCCCGCCGGACCCCCAGGAGAAGGACUUGUGGCCCACGGAGACGCAGCCCGUCGUCACGGAUGCAGUGACUGCGCGCUGGGUGGCGGACGGCAGUGCUGCAGGCUGGCCCUGCGUCUCCCUUCACGUCACACACAAGGCGAGCGGGAAGGAGAGGCCGGUGCAGCGGCUGCAGCUCCCAUGCGGGCGGCCGGGCCAGGCGCUCCCCCCCGGGACCCUGCUGCCCUUCCUGGCCGCCGUGGACCAGUGCUGCUCGCGGGACGCCAGGCAGCCCGGCACGCUGCUCAGCCACUGCAGCAAGGGUGCGGCCCAGCUGGGCACCUUCCUGGCCCUGGAGCAGCUGCUGCAGCAGGCAGGGGCCGAGGGCAGCGUGGACAUCUUCACUGUGGUCUUGCAGCAGUCACAGGCCUGCAGCCUCAUGACCCCAACGCUGGAGCAGUACGCCCACCUCUACAGCUGCCUAAACAGCGUGCUCGCGGACCGGCUGCCAUGAGUCACCUGGUCACUGCCGUACAGGAGGCGGUGCCGGCCUGGCAAGCCCACUGCUGCCUGGCUUCCCCGGGAGGGCGGCCUGUGCGCAGCCCCGCACUGUGAAGGGCAAUAAAGGGUAUGGUCA